CGCUUUCCCGCGGCGAACAUUCAAGCAAAAUUCAGGUACCACGGUUUCUAGGGUUUCUAAGUUCUGUCGAUCUUCCGAUCAUAAAUGUUAGAUAGCUACAGAAUCAGCGUUCCUGUUUCCCUUUCCUUCAUCGGUAGGGUAGUUGACUAUUCAAUUCGAUUCCAACCUGCGGAAAGCGUAAUGGAACAACAAUCUGGAGAUUGUCCCGUGCGCUAGGUGCUCAAUCUCUUCUAAAGCUGUUUUCUUUUCGGUAUAUGCAGCAGUCCGCUGAUUUUCUUGAACCACAAUCCACAUGUUCAAAAACACAUUUCAAUCUGGAUUCCUCUCCAUUCUAUACUGUCUCGGGAGCAAACCUCUGCAGAUAUGGGACAAAGAAGUUUCAAAUGGGCAUGUGAAACGGCCUCAUGAUGAAGACAUACAGUCCAAUGUACUGGAAAUUGUUGGAUCGAAAAUCCAGUCCACUUACAUUACAUGCCCAGCUGACCCUAAUGCCACACUCGGUAUAAAACUGACUUUCCUGGUCAUGCUCGUCAAGAACAUGAAGAAGUACUUCACGUUUGAGAUUCAAGUGCUUGAUGAUAAGAAUGUCAGGAGACGUUUCCGUGCUUCUAACUUUCAAGUGUAAUGUUACCACUACAAAUGUACCGAUUUCAACUUCUUUCUUCAGGCUGUUACUCGGGUGAAGCCAUAUAUUUGCACCAUGCCGUUGAAGCUUGAUGAAGGGUGGAAUCAUAUACAGUUGAAUCUGGCUGAUUUUACUAAGAGGGCUUAUGGGACCAACUACGUCGAGACUUUACGAGUUCAGGUGCAUGCAAACUGUCGCUUAAGAAGGAUAUAUUUCGCCGACCGGCUCUACUCAGAAGAGGAACUCCCACCUGAAUUUAAACUCUACCUUCCAAUGCAGCAGAAAGCAUGAGGAUAUUUUUGGGUCUCUGCUGCCGGAUGUUAUCAGUUCAACCAUUGCACUGGGUUUCUGGCUUUCUCCUCCACGCUUUUUAAAGUGUCGCUGUUGGGUUUGCUAUGGUACUUGGUAGAUACAAGUAUCACUUUUAUUCUUCUUAAACUAGAUGAAUUUUGUGACUGUUGAAUCAGGUCAAACAGUUUUGUGUCGAAACAGUUAAGACUCAUAGGGAUCGUUUGUUGGCCGUGUACUUUGGCACCUGAUAACAAGAGUUAAUUGGUUUCUCCAGCACUACAUUGUUAAUCUCGUCUCGUCUCAUUUUGAUAUGAAAUCAGGGAACAUGCAUCGCAAAAUACAUGGACCUAUGUAUUUCCUCAUUGCCCU